AUGGAUCUUGUUGACCCCGAGCCCGUCAUGGCCCCAGAGCCUGUUGUUGACCAUGACCCCGUUCUUGAUGAUGCACCAGCCAUUGCACCUCUUGUUGAUGAUAUACCCAUUGCUGAUCUUCCCGUUGUUGUUCCACCAUUGGUGGAUGAUCCUGUUGUUGAUGCACCAUUACCUGAUCCCAUGCCGAUAUUGGUCGACCGUGCACCUUUCGCCGCAUACAUAGAUCCUCGUUAUGCCGACACCCACAACGGGUGGAUCGAUGACGAUGACGAUUACCCACCGUUUGUGCUACCUGUCACUCCUCCAGUAGCACCUGUUGCUGCACCCACUGAUAUUCCAUUGUUUCCCCCACACACCACAGACGCCCAUCGCACUGAUCUUCCCAUUACGUUCCUCCAGGACAUACCACCACCUCGUCCUGGAGAGGGCUCAUCGAGGCAGCCGCCUGUUUCUGUUCCACCCGUACUGUCAUCAUCUUUACCGUUCACAUCUCAGUUUCCUCAUGUUGCACCACCUACUGCACCAUCUUUCAUACCAUCGAGCGAGCCAUUUAUAUGGACUACGCCACCUAUCAUGCCAUUGUCUGAUCCGUACCACCCGUACCAUAUUGGGUACACUACGGAGGACAUACUUACAUCCUUGAUGAUGCAGCAGGAUGCAUUGACACGUCGUAUUCAGAAGUUGGAGAGAGCUCCACGACCACCUUGCCAUUGUCAGACCCCCUUUGCAGCACCACACACUCCUCGUCCGCUUUCCCCUGAUUCAGACGUUCGUUUCUUGACAUCUGAGCAGCAGAUUGCAUAUUUGCUGCGCGUCUGUCGUGCCUUAGAGGAGGACUAG